AUGAGCCCGAAAGAGGAGCUUGACCCGAACCCGCCUCGGAUGCCGGCGGCCCACCACUUGACAGGCCGUCGGCACCGAAAGAAGGGCAUCGGGAUCAAGACCUGGCUUGUGGUCGACUCGACAGGCCAGGACCAGCUCAUUGACGCGGGGAAGCACACGAUCAUACGGCGGACGGGGCUCUCGGCGCGGGAUCUGCGGAUCCUUGAUCCGUCGCUGUCCUACCCGUCGGCCGUGACGGGGCGGGAGAGGGCGCUGGUGAUCAAACUGGAGCACAUAAAGGGAGUGAUCACGGCCAAGGACGUUUGGCUGCUCAACUCCAAGGAUCCCGCGGUGGCUCCUUUCGUGGAGGAGCUCAAGAAUCGGUGCUCGCAUCAUCAUCAGGCCAACGCCAUGAAGGUCAACAGAACCAGUGGUGAUGAAGAGCAAUCUGAGGAAGCUUUACAUCAAGUUCUUGAAGCUGCACAACAGAACGUAUUGCACCCUCGAGAGUUUAAGCAACAACAUGACAGAUCAGAGACUCUUCCUUUUGAGUUUGUGGCCUUAGAGGCAUGCCUUGAAGCUGCAUGCUCUAGUUUAGACGAUGAGGCAAAAGCAUUAGAGCAAGAGGCUAAUCCUGCUUUGGACAAGCUAAUUUCGAAGAUUAGUACCCGUCAUCUCGAGCGGGUCCGGCAGAUUAAAGCUCGCUUGGUCGCGCUGACGGGAAGAGUUCAAAAGAUAAAGGACGAGAUCGAGCAUCUUCUCGAGGAUGAUGGAGACAUGGCAGAGAUGUACUUGACCAGCAAACUACUCCAAGAUGAAAAUGACAAGUCUUCAUCUUGUUCUUCCUCGAUCACCGAGGAGGAAGAUGAACUUCAUGAACCAGACAAAGAAGAAAGGAAUCGCGAAGGAGACGAUAGAAUCACACCAGAUGAGAGUUCGAGUUCUCCGCGCAGAUUGCUGAAUGAUGAUGAAAUGGGAGGAGGGAUCAAAGAAAGUAACUCUCAUGGUGGCUUGAGCAUGAGCAAGCACUUUGAUGGCCCAGGCAAGCACCUUGGCGUGGCCGAAUUGGAAAUGCUCCUAGAGGCUUACUUUGUGCAACUUGAUGGCACACUCAACGAGCUAUCCACGCUAAGGGAAUACAUUCAAGACACGGAGGACUAUGUGAACAUAAUGUUGGAUGACAAGCAAAACAAUCUGCUGCAAAUGGGAGUGGUGAUAUCGACAGCAACACUAUUCAUCACCAUGUUCAUCAUCGUGACCGGAAUAUUCGGCAUGAACAUCACAAUCGCACUCUUCCAACCUCCAAAUCCAACAAUCAACAAUUUCCUCUGGACAGCAGGCGGAUGCACGGUCGGGAUAAUCGUCUUGUAUGCUAUCGCAAUAGCAUGGUACAAACAUAAACGGUUUAUAUAG